GCCUGCUGUGUGUUUAAUCAUGGAUGACUUGUACACAGUCCAAAUGGAUAGCACUUUGAAUGUUACUACAACUUUUCAACCAACUAUACCCUUGAUCUACACCAGCCAAACUCAUGUUGAAGUCAUUGCUUCCCUGACCAUUACCAUCGGAAUACUGGGCAUUGUUGGAAACUUAAUGGUGUUCCUGGCUGUUGCCCUCUCAAAGGGUCUCCAGAACUCCACCAAUGUCUUUGUGGUGAGUCUAUCAAUAUCUGACUUCAUUUCCGCCAUUACUCUGCCAUUUCAAGGUGCUUCAGUGCUCUCUGAGUCUGGCUGGCCUUUCAGGAAAGGACUGUGUGACCUCCUGGGAGCCUUAUUCAUCUGGACAAACUCAACCAGCAUCCUGACUAUAACAGCCAUUGCAGUCAAUCGUUAUAUCAUUAUCACUAAGACUAUAAGAGUUCAGCAGAGGAUCUAUACACACUGUGGAAACACCUUGAUGGUAGCACUGCUAUGGACGUUUCCAUUCCUGGUUUUGGUGACUCCUCAGCUCAUUCCUGCAACAGGUGAUAUAGUGUAUAAUCCUGUCUACAGGUUGUGUAUCUGGGAUUUGGAACAUCCUUCAGCCAUUGUGUUUCAAAGCAUAGGCUCGGUUAUCUUCAUCAGUUGCUCCGUCAUCAUAGCCUACUGCUAUGCAGCAAUCUAUCGCUUUGUCCGAAGACAUGUCAAGAAGACAGAAAACACCCUCAGAGAAUCAAGUGAAAACUUAGAAAUGACAGAUCAAACCAACAGAAAGAAGCCACCGAAAGGCCCAAGCAUCAAGCAAAUCAAUAUCACCAAGAACUUGGCUGUGGUUGUGGUGGUAUUCUCCAUCUGUGUUCUGCCAUACACCCUAAACCUGUAUGUACCAUUGUAUAGCUUAUACACAGCCUACCUAGCUGUUCUUGUGGUUCUUCCCAAUUGUUUGAACCCUAUGAUCUAUGCAGCACGGCACCCUCUAUUCAAGGUAGUCUUUAAAUGCAUGUUAACCUGCAGGUUCCGGGAUAUCCCUCAUCCUUCUGAAUGGCUCAAAGCUCUUCUUCAUAAUACAGGUUCUGCCAACAGAACCUCACAGUCCAGCUCUACAGUUUGAUUAUCAGUCAGAUUAAAUCAAGUAGUUUAAUCUGUUGCUGACUGGAACUGAAUGGUUCCUGUACAAAGCCUA